GAAUGUAUUUGUCCCAGGGCACUGAGCAGACUCCCAUGACACUUGUUUCAGUCUGGGCUUCACAGAGUCAUGAAGGUCUGGAAGAGACUUGGGAGGUCAUCUAGUACAACGUCUUCAUUUUACAGAAGAAGAAACUGAGGCUCAGAGAGAAGGAGGACUUUUCCCCAUCUUCCCAAAGAGAAAUAACAGAGUGGGUUCUGGGAUUCGAACCCGAAUCCUCUGAAUCCAGAUCCAGCACGCUCCCCCGAGGCCACACCUGGUUCUCAUCCCCGCUACUUUGCUGUGUGCAUCUCUUUUCAGCAUUAGAGAGGAAAGAAGCUGGAGCACGGGAAGCAGCCUGGAGCUCAGCCACUUUCAGAGCUCGAGCUUUGGACCCCUCCCACUGAGAGCUAAUGGAACCAGCACAUGCGCACUCACCUGUGUGUGACUUUUCCAUUGGGCCCAUGCAUGACACAGGAGGAUCUGAUAAAUGUUUGCGGAAUUGUCUGCCUCGAGGCGUUGCCAGGGCUACCAACUGUCACUAGGCUUGAAUCUUCUAUAACUGUUGGGCGCUCUGGAAUCUCUUAACCUCCAGUCUCCGGCCAUUGCAGUUUUCUGUAGUGGAGGCGAGGUCCCUGAGAAGGCUGAAAGGCCAAGAGAAAACCCCUCCCGAUUUCUCCCGACUGGCUCUGAAGCCCGGUAGCGAAAAUGAAAAAGAUUUUCAGUUUCAGCAGAAAGCGAACAUUUCCAGCCUCCGUCCCCCCGCGGAGGGACAGCGGGGUCCAAGAAUCUGACUCUAAUUCAGGAUACCUGAUUAGGGCCAAGGACCUGGAGAAGAUCCACAAAGCUGCCUCCACCGGGGAUGUGGCGAAGGUGCAGCACCAGCUGCUGCUGAGGAAGUCAGGCGUGAACGAUCGAGAUAAAAUGAAUCGGACACCUCUACACCUGGCCUGUGCUAAUGGAUAUCCAGAUGUUGUGACUCUCUUAGUAGAGAGAAACUGCGAUCUAAACCUGCUGGACAAUGAUAGUCUAACACCUUUAAUUAAGGCAGUACAGGGUCAACAUGAGGAGUGUGCUACUAUCCUGCUCCAACGUGGUGCAGACCUUAAUGUUGUGGACACCAUCAACAACACUGCACUUCAUUAUGCUGCCUUUGGACAGAACACAGCUAUAGCAGCAAAGCUGCUGAAACAUAACAUGGACAUUGAAGCAAAAAACAUGGAAGGCUUUACACCACUUGUGGUUGCAAUUACAGAAAGUAAUCUAGAUAUGGUAGAUUUUUUCUUAAAGAAUGGAGCAAAUGUGAAUGCCUCGGAUAACUCUAAAAGAACAGCCCUUAUGCAUGCUGCCAGGGGUAAAUCAAUAAGCAUAGUCAAUCUUCUUCUUCAAUAUGAUGUGGACAUCUCUUGCCGAGAUAAAUUUCUAUGGACAGCUUGCCACCAUGCCAAAGCCACUUGUCAUCCUAUGUAA